CUCUCCAUAUGUAUAUUGCAAACACUAUAUUCAUGCAUAUAGCAACGAGUUCUGGGAGGAAAUGGCUUCAUAAUUUUAUUUUCUUAAUCUGUCUGAUACACCUUGUUGCUAUUGUCAAAUCCCAGUUCCCAACUCAAAUUUAUUUUUAUUUUGAUUGUCCGGACAAUGAUGCCACUGGUUUGUACACAAGAAAUAGCACGUACGAAAGAAACCUUGAUACUUCUCUCUCCUCUGUUCCGCCAAAUAUCGACGCCAACGGAUUCUACAACGCCUCUACGGGAGAAAAUCCUGAUACAGUCAACAUCAUUGCGCUCUGUAGAGCUGAUCUUCAGCCUUCUCAGUGUCGAGAUUAUGUGGAAAAUGCUACAGCCGAAAUCUUACUGAGGUGUCCAUAUAAAAAACGGGCAAUCUUAUGGCACGAAUUUUGUAUGGUACGAUACUCCAACGAGGCUAUCUUUGGAACUCUUGCAAUUUCCCCAAUGAGGCCAAGUCAUAGUAGGGAAAAUGUCACAAAUACAGAAGUCUUUUACUGGCAGUUGAACGUCCUGUUGAACAGCCUUCAAGAACAUGCCGCUUUUAACAGCUUGCCAAAGAAGUUUGCUGCUUCCACUUGGACUGUGAAUGAUACGAAUCAUCCGUCAAUUUCUGCAUUUGAACAGUGCACACCUGAUAUAACCCCGGAGGAAUGUGGUGACUGCUUGAAUAAAUCUGCCCAACGGAUUCGAGAAUGCUGUGAGGGUGCAAAAGGAGUUAGAGUCCUUACUCCUAGUUGCUAUCUUCGUUUCGAAACUGAUACGGAUCCAUUCUACAACGCAUCGAUGGUUGAAGCAGUACCCCAGCCACCAACACCACCAAUGCCACCGCCACCGUCACCGCAGCCGCCGGUUUGGCAAAUGAAACAAGCAAUUGUUUGGAAAGAACUUAUGAAACACGCCCUGAUGCGUCCUGAGCCGAAUGGGGUAAAAAAGCUCGCCUUGAACGGGUUGGUGGGGCAGGGCAAGAGGCUCCAACCAAUUCAGCUGCUAGAGUUGAUUAGAAUAAAUAUGAAUUAUCAAAUAUAUAUAAAAUGUUUAUCUACUACUGUCAACAAAACAAAAAAACUCCCGGCGGAUCCAACUAGGGCGGCUGCCCUAGCUCGCCAUCAGCUGGAUCCGCCACUGCAUCUCAAGCUCAUCAAUCUGAUUACUAGGUCUAGGGGUUGGGGUAAGGGUAAAGGGAAAAAUACAACCCGAACUAUCAUUAUUGUCAUCGUUCCAAUUGCCGUGUGUCUAAUACUUGCUCUUUGCAUUGGCAUCUACUUAAAAACGAAAAAAAUGCGUAAACCAAGGGAAAAAGUUGAUCUUGACGAGGAAAUCAGUACUGUGGAAUCCCUACAAUAUGACUUUGGUACGAUUAGAGUUGCAACAGACAAUUUCUCUGAUGUUAACAAGUUGGGGCAAGGUGGAUUUGGUGUGGUUUACAAGGGUAAACUCCCAAACGGAAAAGAUAUCGCAGUAAAAAGGUUGUCCCACGACUCAGGGCAAGGUAACUUGGAAUUUAAGAAUGAGGUCUUGCUAGUAGCGAGACUUCAACACAGGAAUCUAGUUAGGCUCUUAGGUUUCUCUGUUGAAGGAAAUGAAAGACUUCUUAUAUACGAAUGGGUUCAGAAUGGGAGUUUGGACCGCUUCAUAUUUGAUUCAAACAAUCCAUGUUUAGAUUGGGAAAAGCGUUAUAUAAUCAUCGGCGGGGUUGCCAAGGGACUUCUUUAUCUACAUGAAGAUUCUCGCCUCCGAAUCAUUCACCGAGAUCUCAAAGCUAGCAAUGUUUUGUUAGAUGGAAAGAUAAACCCCAAAAUUUCAGAUUUUGAUAUGGCAAGAUUAUUUCUCCCGAGCGAAACUCAACACAGCACUAGCAGAAUAGUAGGAACAUAUGGAUACAUGGCACCUGAGUAUGUGUUACAUGGACACUUCUCUGUUAAAUCGGAUGUCUACAGCUUUGGUGUCCUAAUUUUGGAAAUCAUAAGUGGUCAGAAAACUUAUAAUUUUCGAAAUGGGGAGAGUGGGGAUGACCUCAUAAGUUGUGUUUGGAAAAAUUGGCACCAAGAAACGGUUGCAAAUAUAAUAGAUCCUGCAUUGAGGACUUCUUCAGGAUCCAUGCGUGAUAUUAUGAGAUGUAUUCACAUCGGUUUGUUAUGUGUUCAAGAAAAUGCAACGGAUAGACCUACAAUGGGAUCGGUGGUUCUCAUGCUCUCUAGCUUUUCCUUAACUCUGGCAGUACCUUCACGACCUGCAUUUUUCAUGUCAGGUAGCUUUCGUCCGGAAAUUUUAGCUCUUCAUAAGACUCAUUCAUCCACAGAUCAAUCAGAGAAUACCACUCAUUUAUCAACGAAUGAGGCCUCAAUGAGUGAGUUAUAUCCUAGGUAACUUCGAGGAAUAUGCAUAUCCAUUAUAACAAGACAUUUUUUUGUUACUCAUGUUCUUAUUCAAAUGUAAUAUCUUGUAAGCAGAUUUAUUCUCUUUACUUGAUCUUUAUUGGUAUGGUUUGUGGUAGUGAUAUU